AGAGGGAGGAGGAGUUCCUGUACCCGUAGAGCGACAGGUACCGAGAGUGCACAGAUAAAAAAAAAGUCUCAGGAGAAUUGGAGACACACAAGAAUUUCAACCCCUUCUGCUUUCCUGAUGCUGUGGAGAAUUAAAGAUACUGAUCUGUCCUCACAGAUGCCUAAUGCCUGAGUCCAGCUGACAUGUUUCAGACUCCAGGCCACAGACGGAAACAAAAAGAUGAACCUCCCAGAAUCACUGACCUCUGACUUCCGAACAACUCUAAUAUACCCUGAAGCCAGAAAAUCUAUCUGGAUCAGGUGCCUGCACCUGUUUUACUUCACAUACCUGAGUGUGCUCUGCUCUGUCACAGGUGCCAUUGAAAGUGAUGAUUUGUGUCACACAGCUGCAGUUUACCCUGGGUAUAGCUUUAGGACCGAUGCAGCCUUCAUUAAGCUGGUGGAUGGCCCACAGACCAUGCACUCCUGCCAAGCACUCUGCUGCCAGAGCCACUUUUGCAAUGCAUUCUGGUAUCUAAAGGAAACAUGUAUCCUUGCUGACUGUCAGACUGCACACAGGUGUUCCACAGCAAGGAUGGAGUCUGGAGACUCAACGCUCGUGGUUCUGAAAAAAUCUGGAUUGGAAGCCGUAAUACAUCAUAGGCCACAGUUUAUAACCCAGCAAGAUGUUCAGAAUUUGAUUGACUGGACUCAAAUGUCAACAGAGCACAAAGACUUAACUCAUCGGAGAAAAAGAGCUCUGAAGAGAUUUAAAAGGGAAACCAAUGGGAUUGAUGAACAGAAUAAUAUACAGCAAAACAUACAAUUAAAAGCAAACAAUCAAAGUGAGUCAACUAAUCCAGAACCAAGCAAAACUGUCAAGCCUGGAAAAAACAUACUGAUACCAACUGCACUGCCAGCCACUUCUGGCCCAGCCACCGAUAAGGAGCCCACUGCGACGCAUGACAAUGUCACAGAAUCAUUACCUCUCGAUGGUCCUCCAGCAACAGAAAAACCGAAACGUGACAGCAUGAUCCCAUUAACACCUUUGUCACUGCCUCUAAACACCAGCACCCAACCCACUCCAAUACCCACCAGUACCAGCUCCACGCCAAUAGUCAUAAAUAAGCUGGUGGUAUCAGCAGGAAACAGUGUUGAGGUCACAUUGCCAAAAAAUGCUGUAGAGCUGAAUGCGUUUGUUGUUCCAGAGUCUCCAGAGGGUACUGCAUAUACAUAUGAGUGGAGACUGAUCACUCAUCCGACAGAUUACAGUGGGGAGAUGGAGGGGAAACAUUCCAAAGCAUUGAAGCUAUCCAAGCUCACCGCAGGACUUUACGAGUUUAAGGUGAUUGUGGAUGGGGAAAAGGCGCACGGAGAGGGUUUUGUGAAUGUCACGGUUAAUCCAGAGCCAAGAGUGAAUCAGCCACCAGUAGCCAUUGUGUCUCCUCGCUACCAAGAGAUUUCCCUGCCCACCACCUCUACAGUUAUAGAUGGCAGUCAGAGUACAGAUGAUGAUAAAAUUGUCAAUUACCACUGGGAGGAGCUGAAGGGCCCUUUGCGCGAAGAGAAGGUCUCUGCAGACACUGCCAUUUUAAAACUAACCAACCUUGUACCUGGCAACUAUACCUUCAGCUUAACUGUUACAGAUUCCGAUGGGGCCAAGAACUCAACCAUUGCUAACUUAACAGUUAUCAAAGCUGUGGAUUAUCCUCCAGUAGCAAAUGCAGGAGCCAAUCAGGUCAUCACUCUCCCCAAAAAUUCUAUUGUCCUCUAUGGAAACCUGAGCACCGAUGAUCAUGGCAUAGUCAGCUAUGAGUGGUCAUUAAGUCCCAACAGUAAAGGCAAAGUCAUUGAAAUGCAGGGUGUCCGGACAUCCACUUUGCAGCUGUCUGCACUUCAGGAGGGAGAUUACACUUUCCUGCUGACGGUGACCGACUCAACCGGGCAGCAAUCUAGCAGUGAGGUGACAGUGAUAGUCCAGCCUGAGAACAACAAGCCACCUCAGGCUGACCCAGGACCAAACAAGGAGCUCACGCUUCCCGUGGAUGGUACCACAUUAGAUGGCAGUCGAAGCACAGAUGAUCAGAAGAUUGUCUUUUAUCUGUGGGAGAAAACAAAGGGUCCAGAAGGCGUGAAAAUUGAGAAUGCAAACAGCAGUAUUGCAACUGUAACGGGUCUGCAAGUUGGAGUGUACGAGUUCACAUUGACUGUUAAAGACGAGCGAGAUUUGCAAAGUCAGAGUACUGUCAGCGUCAUCGUGAGGGAAGAGAUCAACAACCCACCAGAGGCUAAGAUUGCGGCAAAUUUUGUCAUCACUCUCCCCAGUAACACAGCCGAACUGGAUGGGUCAAAAUCAGCAGAUGACAAAGGCAUUGUCACCUAUCAGUGGGACCGUGAUGAGACGAGCCCUGCGGCAGGGGAGGUGCUUAAUAGCUCAGACCACCAUUCAAUUCUCUUUCUCUCUAAUCUUGUGGAAGGGACUUAUACUUUUCACUUGAAAGUGACAGAUGCCAAAGGAGAGAGUGACACAGCCAGAGCAACAGUGGAAGUCAAACCAGAUCCUAUGAAAAACAAUCUAGUGGAGAUGAUUCUGGAUGUAAGUGUUAGCCAGCUGACAGAGAGGCAGAAGGGGAUGUUUAUAAGGCAGAUCGGGGUGCUUUUAGGAGUUCUGGAUUCAGACAUUACAGUGCAGAAAAUACAGCUCUACACUGAGCAGAGCACUAAAGUGGUCUUCUAUGUACAAAACCAACCCCCUCACCAUGUCAUGAAAGGAUACCAGGUGGCAUGGAGGCUCCGUAACGAGCUGAGGAAACAGCAGAGUGAUUUCCUCAUCUUCAGAGCACUGGCUAUAGACACAUUCACCUGCCAGCUGAACUGUUCCUUUCACGGCCAUUGUAACUCUGUUACCAAGCGCUGUGUUUGUGACCCGUUCUGGAUGGAGAACAUUAUCCGCAGGCAGUUUGGGGAUGAAGAAAGCAAUUGUGAUUGGAGUAUACUUUAUGUGGUUAUCACAGGCUUCCUCUCUGUUGUCGCUUUGGGACUACUAGUCUGGGCCAUGAUAUGCUGCUGCAGGCGAAAAAAAGGGAAACCAAAACGCAAGAGCCGAUAUAAGAUUCUGGAAGCUACAGAUGACCAAGAGAGCAUGGAGUUGAAGUCAACCAUUAAAACAGCGGCAAAGCUGAAGGCACCAGCACAGAAUACAAGUCUGAUGCAUUCAGAAUCAGAGUUAGACAGUGAUGAGAACUGCUAUACUUGGUCUGAUCGGGAAAAAGGGAAGCUCCUUAGGCCCCAAAAUGGUUCACUCCGCAAUGGACACACCCCUCACAAAACAAAGAACCAGAGAGAGGAGAUCUUAUAGCUGAGAUGUUCAGGGGGUUCUUAAACCUCUCAAGUGAACCAGGAACCUUUUCUCUUUAGUAUGCAGAAGGGUUGAAAUCACACUCGCCACUGUUAGUCUACUUUGACAAAGCUGCUACUUUGAACUGCUUUCAAACAGAUGGAUAUUUUAUUAGAUUAUCACCUCCAUUCCUAAAUGGGGGACCCCAAAGCUGGAGAUACUUGAACUGGAAUUUUACUGUGGGGAAAACAAUGCUGCAGGAUUUAUCACAAUAGAUUUUUUUAUUUAAAGUGACUAUUUUAAUUAAAGUUUUUUUUGUUUUGUUUUUCUGCACAGAAUCCUGGGAUUGGAGACCCAGGAAUGAGCCACAUUUUUAAAGUAUCCAUGUUAUGUGCACUACUUCGCCUGUGAGAAUUUAUCUGAAUGUUGCUGGGCAUUGUCUUUGGCCCAUGUAGGCCCCUCUCAUGCCUCCUUCCUCACAGACUGAACCUGUAAUGUGUUUUCAGCUCACUUUGUAAGAUUUACCCUUUUAUUGGCUUUUUUUGCUCUUCUAAACAAUUGAACCAUCAAGAAACAGAAACUGAGCUCUAAUAAACAAUGAUAGAAGUCAGAGCAGAUGUGAGUUAAGGGUUUGAGAGGGGGAAUGUGCUAUUGGUUACUGUUUAAUAAAGUCAGACACUGUAAUAUACUGAA